CGCAGCCCGCGUCCCGCACCGCCGGCCAUGGCUGCGGCCGCGCUGAUGUCGCCGCCGCCGCUGCUGCUGCUGCUGCUGCUGGUGGGAUCCCCGCCCGCCGCGCCCGCGCCGCCGGCCCACGACCCCUUCGCCCCCCAGGUCGGGGACACCCAGAGCUGUCAGCAGCGCUGUCGCGAGCGGGACCCCGGCCCGCGGCCCUCGCAGGCAGGGCCCGAGGUCCCCUCAGAGUCCCCCUACGACAGGGCCGUCCUGAUCAGCGCUUGCGAGCGCGGCUGCCGGCUGUUCGCCAUCUGCCGCUUCGUGGCCAGAAGCUCCAAGCCCAACGCCACCCAGACCGAAUGCGAAGCAGCAUGCGUGGAAGCCUACGUGAAGGACACGGAGCAGCAAGCCUGCCGCGAGGGUUGCUGGAUCCAGGCCCCCCAGCCCAAGCCUGAGUCCCAGCUCCAGAAGAGAAAGGUCCUGGAAGCUCCCGACGGGACGGUGUCCCUCCUGGACUUAUUUUCUGCCCUCUGCAAUGACCUGGUCAACUCGGCCCAGGGCUUCGUCUCCUCUACCUGGACAUACUACUUGCAGACUGACAAUGGGAAGGUGGUGGUUUUCCAGACCCAGCCUUCGGUGGAGAGCCUGGGCUUCCAGGGCAGCCACCUGCAGCGAGUGGAGGUGACCUGGAGGGGAUUACAUCCCGAGGCCCUGGAGGUCCAUGUGGACCCCAUAGGGCUCUUGGACAAGGUACACAAGGCCAAGAUCCGAGUGAAGACCAGCAGCCAGGCCAAGGUGGAAUCCGAGGAGCAGCAGGACAAUGACUUCCUCAGCUGCAUGUCCCGGCGCUCGGGGCUGCCCCGCUGGAUCCUGGCCUGCUGCCUCUUCCUGUCCGUGCUGGUCAUGCUGUGGCUGAGCUGCUCCACGCUGGUGACAGCGCCGGCCCAGCACCUCAAGUUCCAGCCGCUGACCCUGGAGCAGCACAAGGGCUUUGUGGUGGAGCCAGACUGGCCCCUGUACCCGCCCCCGUCGUAUGCCUUCGAGGACAGCCCCCCACCCUACAAGCUCAAGCUGGACCUGACCAAGCUGUAGCCCCAUGGCCAAGUGGACACCCCUGGGGCCUCCCUGUCCUGUGCCUCAAGUCCAAGGUGGGGGCGUCCUCGUGCCCCUCCACCCCAGCUCUCCUUGUUCCUCACUGCCCUGUCUUGCACUCCUCAGUCCCAGGGGGCCAAGCCUGGGGUCCUCCUGUCCCACUUCCUUGGGGCCAUGCUGCUUUUUGUCUUCGAUCUUGUGGCUUUCGGAGUUUCUGAACCCCCGUUUCGUGUUGCCUUCCUUUUUCCUUCUCUAUCCCCUCUCUGGGGGCUGAGGCACAGGGAGCCACUUCCUCUGCAGUUUCCCUCUUUUUCCCCGAGACCCCCCUUCCAGGAGCAGGGACCCUGGGGACUCCCCGGUGGGCGGAGGGGGCGGGUUGGGGAGGAAUAAAGCGUGUACAUAAAGAGCA